AUGGUGUUUUUGGUACCAAACUUCAACAGCUUGGAGACAGAAGUCCCAUUACUAGUUUAUGAAUAUGUUCCAAAUGGCACCCUCUAUGACCACAUUCACGACAAGAGUAAGGUGUCGGCCCUCACCUGGGAAAUCCGUUUAAAGAUAGCUUCUGAAACUGCAGGUGUUCUAUCAUAUUUGCAUUCCGCAGCCUCUGUACCAAUCAUUCAUAGGGAUGUCAAGUCUACGAACAUACUCCUGGACAACAGUUACACGGCAAAAGUGUCAGAUUUUGGCACUUCUAGGUUAAUUCCGUUGGAUCAAGUUGAAUUGUCAACGAUGGUGCAAGGUACUCUAGGAUACUUAGACCCUGAGUACUUGCACACAAGCCAACUGACGGACAAAAGUGAUGUUUACAGUUUUGGAGUGGUUCUUGUGGAACUACUAACUGGGAUGAAGACAAUUUCCUUCUAUAAGCCUGAGGGGGAGAGGAAUUUAUCAUCGUAUUUUCUUUGUGCAAUGAAAGAAGAUCGCCUGGUCCAUAUUCUUCAGGAUUGCAUGGUGAACCAGGAUAACAUUAGGCAGCUUAAGGAAGUUGCCAACAUUGCGAAGAAGUGCUUAAGAGUAAAAGGAGAGGAAAGACCCAACAUGAAGAAUGUAGCAAUGGAAUUAGAGGGGCUAAGAACAUCUGCAAAACAUCCUUGGACUAAUGACGUAUCAAAUGUAGAAGAGACAGAGUACUUGCUUGGUAAAUCAGCGGAAACUGUUCGUUCUGAGGAAAUGGCUGGUACAAGUGCUGGCUAUCACAGUCUAUAUUUAAUGCAAUCACAAGGAGAUGGCAGAUGA